GAGCAAUUGUAAACGAAAGUAUGGAGUGUAUGCAAGUAACUGCCACAUUUUUAUAGACGGCACUUGCUAAAACAAGUAUAAACAGUAAAAUAUGACAAAAAGCAAGAAACGGCUUAAGGAAGAGCAGCAGGCAAAAACGCGGAAUGCGAUUGUGGAGGAACGUCUAACUACAACGAACGAUGCCUACACGCAGGGUGCCUUCUGUUAUCUACGCAUACUGACGCAUGCCAUUGGAUUGUCGCAGUUCACUUAUGGCAUCUACUAUCAUUGGUUCAAUGUGCAUUGGCCGCAACACCUACAGGACGAAGAAGAAUUGAAGACACGUUGGGGUGGCAAAUUUAAAUAUCUUACUUUCCUUGAUGUGAUAUUACAAGCGCUUUAUCACCUUGUAGCGUUGCUGAACGAUUUAUUUGGUUCGAAUGCAGUUGGACAGACACGAUUGAUGCCGGGCGUGCGCAAACUGCGUGAUUAUCUUUUCGCCGCUUGGGCUUUUCCGAUAGCGCACAAUGUUUGCAUCUCAUUCUGGGUUAUUUACGCCUACGAUCGCGAGCUUAUUUUCCCAAAAGCACUGGAUGCUAUUUUCCCCAACUGGCUCAAUCAUAUCGUGCACACUAACGUUGCUAUGCUCGCCAUACUCGAUAUGUUCACCUGCUUCCGCCAAUAUCCCAGCCGCACGGCAGGACUCACCGGCACUGUUGCAUUUAUGGUACUCUAUUUGAUUUGGAUGCAUAUAGUGCGCUUCUUCUCGGGACACUGGGUGUAUCCGCUAUUGGAAGUUCUUAAUCUACCGAUGCGUUAUUUAAUGCUGAGCGCUUUGUUAGGCUUCACCGUAUUUUGCUAUUUCUUGGGCGAGUUUCUAAAUAACAUAAUUUGGAGUCCAGAAUUGCGUUUGCUACGAAUGAAGAACGCCAAGAGCGAGUAGCAAAUAUGUGCGUGAUCAGUUACAAAUUUCAAUAUGAAAUUAGUUUCAUUGUGUCAGCUGACAUGGGCCUGCGUUUACGUUGGUGACUGUGAGUACCAUUGCACUACACUGACAGGGCAAAGUUAACUGCUACAACAACAACAAAAUCACAAAUGAAGUAAUACACGAGUAGUUAAAUUGGAUUGUAUAGAAUUUAUAUAAAUAUCUGUUUUAAGUUAGCGUAGUAGAGAAAUUGGGUUUGAUUAUAAUUUUUUCCUGAAAUUUAGUAAUAAAAAUGCAAUUUCUAUGGGUUUGGUCAUGCAAAAUGUAAAAAAUAUAACUUUAUUUGUUACAAGCAAAAAUCUUUAAGUCUUAAGGCACUAACUUAACCUGUACUUACAUAAUUAUUUAUAUGUAAAAAUAUUAUUUAUAUAUAAAAUUACUGCGUUAAUUCUAUAAAAAUAAAAAAGUACAUAAUAAAUAUGUUUAUAAGUCA